AUGGUUUUCCGUGUUAUUUUGCCGAAAAUAAAUGUCCAAACAAGGAUUUUCUCUCUUCACAUUUCCAGCAAUUCCCCAGAUACUCCCUUUUUGUUGGACCCUUUGAACGUUACAGAGGACCUGCUGCAGCCACAAUCUUCUUUGGAAAUUCUAAUACAUGGUUUCACUUUGAACAAGGAUAAAUCACCCAAUGCCGAAAUAAGACCCCUUUUAUUACAGUAUACCGAGGCAGAUGUCAUCAGUGUAGAUUAUGAGCCCUUGGUCACUCUGCCAUGCCUCUAUCCAUGGGCCAUAGAAAAUACUCGGGCUGUGGCCAAGUGUUUGGCUGAACUUGUAAGAGAUUUUGUGCAAAGGGGAUUUUACACCCCCGCCAGCAUUCACAUAAUCGGUUUCAGUUUGGGUGGUCAAAUAGCUGGUCUAAUGGCAAAUCAUUUGGAUUUUCGAAUAGGAAAGAUAACAGGUGAGUCCUCUUGGGAAUAAUGUGUAUUUUUUUUUAGAAAAAUAUCCAUUUGCUUCAUUCCGCAUGAUUUGCUUCCAUUUAUCAAAUAUGUAGUAUACGUUGUUUUUAAUCAAUUAUAUUAUAAAUAAAUCAUAUUUCACCAUUUCC